GGCGCGGCCGAGGCUGGGACGCGGCGCUCGGAGGAACGCGGCCCGGUGCCCAUGGCGUUCGCGCUGCUGCGCCCCGUCGGCGCGCACGUGCUGUACCCGGACGUGCGGCUGCUGAGCGAGGACGAGGAGAACCGCAGCGAGAGCGACGCCUCCGACCAGUCAUUUGGCUGUUGCGAGGGCCUGGAGGCGGCGCGGCGCGGCCCGGGCCCCGGGGGCGGCCGGCGAGCGGGCGGCGGCGCGGGCCCGGUGGUGGUGGUGCGACAGCGGCAGGCAGCCAACGCGCGGGAGCGGGACCGCACGCAGAGCGUGAACACGGCCUUCACCGCGCUCCGCACGCUCAUCCCCACCGAGCCGGUGGACCGCAAGUUGUCCAAGAUCGAGACCUUGCGCCUGGCGUCCAGCUACAUCGCGCACCUGGCCAACGUGCUGCUGCUGGGCGACGCGGCGGACGACGGGCAGCCGUGCUUCCGAGCGGCCGGCAGUGCCAAGAGCGCGGUGCCCGCCGGCUCCGACGGCGGCCGCCAGCCACGCUCCAUCUGCACCUUCUGCCUCAGCAACCAGCGCAAGGGGAGUGGCCGCCGUGACCUGGGAGGCAGCUGCUUGAAGGUGAGGGGGGUGGCCCCCCUUCGAGUGCCACGGAGAUGAGCCUGGACCCCUGUAGCAUUUGCUCCACGCAGGACCCUGGAGAAGGAAGCCAGAGGCCAGCCACUGGUAGAACAGGGGAGAAGACCCCAGGAGCCGAUCCUACCCCUCGAUUGUAUAGGGACCAGAGGACAAUGGCUUGGGCCCAUGACCCUCUGGACAGGCCCCCUGGGACAUCUCUACUCCACCGUGGAGAGCUGUGAAGACCCAUCCAGCUGGCCCCAGCCCUGGCUGGUCAGAGACAAGGCAGAACUUUUGGAAAAACAAAGACUGUUGGUGACAGAGGGUGUGUACAUGUCUGUGCAUGAGUGAGUGAGUGUGUAAAUGUGUGUGUGUGUGAGAGUGAGAGAGAA